UCAACACCAAUAAUAAUUGGAUUAGGAGUAGCAGUAGCAGCAACAGCUGGUAGAUUCGCAAUAAAAGCCGCACAAAAUUAUAAACCAAGAAUUAGUGGAGGUAUAAGUAGUGGCAAAUAUUAUAAAGGAGGUUUCGAUACUAAAAUAAAUAAACGUGAAGCUGCUUUAAUCUUAGGUUUAAGGGAAACAGGGAUCAAUAAAGCUAAAAUUAAAGAAGCGCAUAGAAGAAUUAUGUUACUUAACCAUCCUGAUCGUGGUGGUUCACCUUAUUUAGCCAGUAAAAUUAACGAAGCAAAGGAUUUUCUUGAAAAAAGCGUUAAAUCAUGA